AUGCCUCCCACGCAAGCUGAAAGUGUUAUAAAGAACAUCAUACGGGAAAUAGAGAAGGAAUGUGCAGCCCAUGGAGAAAUUGUUUCUGAAACUCUGGUUGCUUUCAUGGUGAAAGCUGUUGUCCUGGACCCCAGCAAUGGCUUUAGCACAGAUAGAACCCUCAUAAAAAGUGAUGUGCAGAAACUUGUGAAGCUCUGUGUGACUCGGCUAUUGGAUAGUAAGAAUCCAUCCCUGGAUACUAUUAAGAUGCAAGUCUACUUCGAUAUGAAUUACACAAGUCGAGCUGCCCUCCAGAGCGUUUUUCCUCAGGCUGAGCUAGGAACAUUUCUAACUCUUAGUCGGAAGGACAAGGAACGCCAACUGGUGGAACUCACCUUGAUUGUGACUGGAAUCCGCUUAUUUAACCGGGACUGUGGGAAAGGAGGAGAAGGCAUUGACAACUUGCCAGAGAUUCUCCGUGAAGCAAUCCCUGCCACCACUCACCACAUUGACUGCCAGCUUCAGAUUGCCCAGGACCUUGCAUAUAGAUACACAGCUAUCCUGGAGAAAAUCACAAAGAACCCACUCUUAAUUAAAGAGUUUCAGCCACUUCUGUUAAAGGAAGCACUAUACAAUGUUCGACAAUAUGAGAUUUUCCUUCAGAUUAUUUUGUCAGAUAUAAUUGGUUGUGCUCAAGAAGUGGAAAAGAUGAUAAGGCAGUUAGGAGCCCAGAUGGAACAAUUAAAACUGACUGUAAAGUCAAAGACAGCUGUCCCAACCUCACAAGUCUUUCCCAUCUUCACUGCACUGGCCAGCCUUUGGACAAGCUUUCAGGAUGAGACUGUUUUGAUUAGUGUCCUCAGUAACCUGACCACACACCUGGAGCCAUUCCUGGGCACUCAUGAACUGCUUUUUCCUAACAAAGUCAUGAAAGAACUUCUUAAAGAUGUGACUGUGAAGACAGAUGUGUACAGAAUCAAAGAACACAUGGAGGAAAGAGUAUCUUCGGUGGACAUCAGAAAACUGGAAUGGCUUUUUCCAGAAACCACAGCAAAUUUUGAUAAAUUGUUAAUUCAGUAUCGUGGAUUUUGUGGAUACACAUUUGCUACAACAGAUGGUCUUCUCCUUCCAGGAAACCCAGCAAUUGGAAUUUUAAAAUACAAAGAUAACUAUUACACUUUCAAUACCAAAGAGGCUGCAUGCUUAUUUGCAGACAAUCCUGAAAACUUUAUUAAUUUAAUUAAAGAAAAGGCCAAGAAGAAUGCAGAGUUAAUCCAGCUACUGGAACUUCACCAGCAGUUUGAAACCCUCAUUCCAUAUUCACAGAUGAGAGAUGUUGACAAGCAUUACAUAAAGCCAAUCACCAAGUGUGAAAGCAGCACACAGACCGACACCCACAUAUUGCCACCCAACAUCGUGCGGUCCUACGAGUGGAACGAGUGGGAACUAAGAAGAAAAGCCAUAAAACUGGCUAAUUUGCGUCAGAAAAUGACUCACUCGGUACAAACUAAUCUUAGUCACAUGAGAAGAGACAAUUGCUCACAGGUGUACCCUUCCAAGGAGGCAAGUACACAGACCUUGAGGGAGAACAGCACUGGCGUGCCCAGGCCCCAGAUUUACAUAGCGGGUCUUCGCGGAGGGAAAAGCAAAACCACCCACGGGGUCAAGGUCAACCUCACUCGAGCUGUGGAUGAAACCUAG